ACCGCAGCUAAGGAAAAAUCUAGUAUCAAAAGUCCGGUUCGUGGAAGAUAAAGGUAGGAUCCGAUGAAUGAAGAUUGUGAAGGAACAGCGUGAAUGAGUUCCACGUUGAACCAAGAUUGUUUCCUAUGGUGACACGUUUAUCCACACAAGAACUUACAACACCAGCUGGUAAGACGCAUGCAUGACUCCUCAAGUUAGUCAAAGGUUGAAUCCUCAGAUGUUAAGAGUUUAAGACUUUAAGAGCUAGACAUCAGAAAGCUACGUGGACAGAACACUCGACUCAUGUCAUCCCUCGUUUGCAAAGCGUCAUAUUCCUAUAUCAGCUCAGCCCCGUACCCCUCCCCAUUCCAAAUCCACUACUAGCUCACUGCUGCGCGUAAGCCAUGCACUCCAUCUUCUCACUCUAACCGUGUCCAAUGCUCCUUUUUCCAUCUGUUCUCUCCCCUCAACUCCCCCAAUUCACACUUAAACAUCCGUUGCAUGCUACCAUAUUUUUCUUCCAACUUAUAAGUCCCAAAUUGUCCACUCGUCCUAUAAGGCUAUAACCCACACUCCUAUAUUGUAUUAUCAUCUAUUUCGAUUCCCAAAAGGGCAAAAAAAAUGAAGACUCCCGUUGGAGAAAGGUUUUCUGAGUUCUUCGAUAAGUGGAUUUGUCAACUUGAUGAUUACUUGGGACAGCUUCUCAGGGUGUCCAAGGAAAGUUUAAGUGAAGCUGAACAACAAGCUCUGGUGUCAAAACUGACAUCCCAUUAUAAAGAAUUCUACACUGUCAAAUGGACUGCUGCUCAUGAAGAUGUGCUUGCUUUUUAUUGUCCUAUUUGGUUAAGCCAACUAGAGAAUGCUUAUUCAUGGCUCACUGGUUGGAAACCGUCCAUGAUAUUUCGACUAGUUGAGUCAAUGAGGAGGACUCGGGUGCCUGGUCCGGGUUUGGCUGAGUUGACGGAAGAGCAGGUAAGGAAGAUAGAGCAGUUGAGAAUGAAGAUAAAGUUAGAGGAAGAGAGAAUGGACAGGGAAAUGGAGAGGCAGCAGGUGGCAAUGGCGGACAGGAAGAUGGUUGAGCUGGUUCGUAUGGUGAACCGGAUAAGGAAUGGGGAGUCGGUGGGUCAGGUGGACGGCUUGGUUGAGGUGGCUCUCAAGGGCGUGCUAGCGGGGCUGGAGAGGGUCAUGAAAGCUGCUGACUGUGUGAGGCUCAAGACUCUGAAAGGAGUUUUGGAUGUUUUGAAUCCAUCGCAAUCUGUGGACUUUCUGGCUGGGACUUGUAUGCUUCAGAUUCAGCUGAGGCAAUGGGGCCAAAGAAGGGAUACCCCAAAGUGUCCGAGAUUAGAACUGCACAACAAUGUCAAUGUUCUUUUUUAAGAGAAGUUAUUGAAGUUUUGUA